GUACCAGAUUCAAUGAUGUUUAACAGACAAAACAGCCUGUGGAUGGGGGAUUUGGACCCAUAUAUGGAUGAGAACUUUGUCAAGCAGGCCUUUAGUGCCAUGGGAGAAUCGCCGUUGGGAGUCAAGAUCAUCACUCACAGGAUAACAGGGGGCUCAGCAGGAUACUGUUUUGUGGAGCUGGCGGAUGAAGCGAGCGUCGACCGCUGCGUUCAAAGGCUCAACGGAAAACUGGUGCCAGGAUCAAACCCGCCCCGGAAGUUUAAGCUAAAUUAUGCCACGUACGGGAAGCGUCCAGAGGCAGGGCCGGAGUUCUCAGUAUUUGUGGGAGACGUGGCCUCUGAAGUGGACGACUUUCAGCUGCAUCAAGUCUUUAAGAAGUACCCAUCCUGCAAAGGAGCCAAAGUAGUCACCGACCAGUACGGCUAUUCAAAAGGUUACGGCUUCGUUAAGUUUGGUGACGAGAGCGAGCAGAAGAAGGCCAUAGAGGAGUGCCAGGGAACCAUGCUGGGGGGGAACGCCCUGAGGCUCAGUAUUGCUGUAGCGAAAAGCCAAAAGACGAGCUACCCAGGAGGCCAGAGCCAGAGUUACAGCAGCUACAACCCGACCCAGUCCGGUUACUACGGCAGCCACGCUGCAGGAGGUCAGGGGGGUUACUAUCCUCAGUGGGGCGGCUAUGACCAGUACAGCGGCUACAACAGUGGUUAUGGCGGCUACCACAGCGGAUACAACAGCGGCUACAACGGCAGCUACAACAGUGGCUACAACUAUAACUACGGGGCUUAUGGGUACCCUCCGCCCGGCCAGAUGAUGCCAACGCCUCCCAUGGGGAUGCCACCCAUGUCCGCUGACAUGUCGGGAGCUGUAGAGGGCCAGGAGCAGGCUGAAGACGUCGACGAUGAUAACCCAGAAGAGCCCAUCCCUGAAUGUGACGUGGAGCUGUGGAACAAAGAUUUUAUGCAGCACAGUGAGGAGCUUUAUGAGGCUUUGAUGAACUGCCAAUGGGAACCUUUGGACUCUGUUGACUCCCCCAUCCCCACCCUCUCCUGAUAUCAUCUCUUUCAUCAACCAGUACUUUAGAUUUUUUAAAGUGAUUUCUAUUUUAUUUUGUACUUCAAAAAUCUGUGACCACAAACACACCUUACCAAACGCCGGCCAGAGCUCGGUGUGCGACGUUAAGGCUGGUUGUAGGUUCAGUCAUACUUGUUCUCCUGCGAAUCCAUUCAGUUGAUUGUGAUCGUCAGCUUUUUGGUGACAAACGCAAAGUUAGUCAAUCAGUACGGACACUGCGAGGAUCGGAUGGCGUCGAUACAGCAGGACUACAGGAGCUGGAGCCGACCGGCACACAGAGGCUGCGCUGUUAUACACUGAAUGUUGUGUGGUUGUGUUUGCAGUGGUCACCAAACCCCCAACGUCGCCUUUUGGUUUGAAUCGUCUUCAGGAUCCUUGUGCAGAUAAAUCAGUCCUAAUCGUGUUGUUUGUUUUUUACUGAAGGACUUUUACAUUUCUGCCCUUUGGCUUAAUGACUUUUGUUCAGAUGGACGCUGGCUUGGGGGAGGAAAGCGGCUAUUUGAGUUUACCAAAAGAAUAGAAGAUGUUUUCAGCGUGAGAGGCUCAGCGUCGUUGAAUGGGGAGGGGGGGGGGGGGGGGGCAUCUCCAAGGUGCUGAAAGGCGGUGCAACUGUAAGGUGUUUGUGAAGAGCCAGCUAAACUGAUGGUAGCCUUUAUUUUCUGUUGUUUAGCAGAAAAUAUUUUGUAUAUAUAUUGUCUUUCUGAAGAUGUUUUAUCAAUAAAACUGUUAAAGAGCAAAGUGGCAAAGAGAAGUGACUUUGUUGGUAAUGAAUAAUUUCCAUUUUCUAAA